GAGCUACUGGUGGCUGGGAUUCCUCUCUAUGUAGUGAAGCUUAGAGAGGCCUUGGCAGCUUGACAUGGAGUUUUUUCUCCUAAUGUUGCUGGACAAGAAUAACAAGGAGACUUUGGUCUUGUGUAACUUCCUAUGCAGAUGGGAGCAGUGAUCUCUACUUGCAGAACUCAGUACUGAAGAUCUUCAUGUAACUGGCUGAAAAAUGGUUCUGCAAGAUGACAGCACCAACUCUAAGACUGUUGGAAUGGAGACUGUCUUCACUUUGACAUGAAGUGUGAAGUUUGUUAGUCACCACUUUUGUUCCUUUUUUACAGUUAUUGUGGAAGGUUCCAAAUGGUGUGGGUGUUUAUCAUGAACCGGAUGAGCUCCCAGAGCAGCUCAUCUGCCCAGCGCAGGCGAAUGGCUCUAGGAAUUGUCAUUCUGCUCCUGGUUGAUGUCAUCUGGGUGGCCUCUUCAGAACUCACUUCUUAUGUUUUUACAAGGUACAACAAACCCUUUUUCAGUACAUUUGCAAAAACAUCCAUGUUUGUUCUAUACCUCCUGGGAUUUAUUGUUUGGAAGCCAUGGAGGCAACAGUGUACUCGUGGGUUUCGUGGAAGGCAUGCAGCUUUUUUUGCAGAUGCUGAAGGUUAUUUUGCUGCUUGUACAACAGAUACCACUGUGAACAGUUCUCUGAGUGAACCUUUAUAUGUUCCUGUAAAGUUUCAUGAUUUGCCAACUGAAAAAAAUGGCAGUAAUAGUAGUGAUGCAGAGAAAACACCCAAGAAGCCUCGUGUGAGGUUCAGUAACAUCAUGGAGAUCCGGCAGCUGCCAUCAAGCCAUGCUUUGGAGGCAAAGCUGUCCCGCAUGUCCUACCCAACAGUGAAGGAGCAGGAAUCCAUCUUAAAAACUGUGGGAAAGCUCACUGCAAGCCAAGUAGCAAAAAUUAGCUUUUUCUUUUGCUUCGUGUGGUUCUUGGCAAAUUUCUCAUACCAAGAAGCUCUGUCAGAUACCCAAGUUGCCAUAGUUAAUAUCUUGUCAUCAACGUCUGGGCUUUUUACAUUAAUCUUAGCUGCAGUCUUUCCCAGCAACAGUGGAGAUCGGUUUACCCUGUCCAAAUUAUUAGCUGUUAUUUUAAGCAUUGGUGGUGUGGUACUUGUUAACCUUUCUGGAUCUGAAAAAUCUGCUGGAAAAGAUACAAUAGGUUCCAUUUGGUCUCUUGUAGGAGCAAUGCUGUAUGCUGUCUACAUAGUCAUGAUAAAAAGGAAAGUAGAUAGAGAAGAUAAACUUGACAUACCAAUGUUCUUUGGUUUUGUAGGACUGUUUAAUCUGUUGCUGCUGUGGCCAGGGUUCUUCCUGCUUCACUAUACUGGGUUUGAAGCAUUUGAGUUUCCUAAUAAACUGAUAUGGAUGUGCAUUGUCAUAAAUGGCCUUAUUGGAACAGUUUUGUCAGAGUUCCUCUGGCUGUGGGGCUGCUUUCUUACCUCAUCACUGAUAGGCACACUUGCCCUAAGCCUUACAAUACCUCUGUCCAUAAUAGCUGACAUGUGCAUGCAAAAGGUGCAGUUUUCCUGGUUAUUUUUUGCAGGAGCAGUACCUGUAUUUUUUUCAUUUUUCAUUGCAACUCUCUUGUGUCACUAUAACAACUGGGAUCCAGUGAUGGUGGGAAUCAGAAGAAUUUUUGCCUUUAUUUGUAGAAAACAUCGAAUUCAGAGAAUGCCAGAAGAGAGUGAGCAGUGUGAAAGCCUCAUCCCUAUGCAUAGUGUUUCACAGGAUGGAGAUGGCUGCUGUUCAUAGACAAAAGUUUAAAAAUGGAAUGAUGCCCAGCGAAGAGACAAUCUUCUGGAAAAGUCCCUAAGGAAUCAUGUUUCAGUGCCUAUUCUGAAUUUGUAGUAAAAAUAGAAGUUUCAGUUCUUUUGAAACUCUAAACUUUUUCUCUUUCUUGCUUUCAUCUGAUUUUAUAAAUGAACAGAUCUACUACAUGCCUGUCACCAUGGGAGUCUUAGUCCAUCUGAGCAACCAACCUGCCUUAUAACACUUGAGCUGGUGACAUUACUUGACAAAAUCAAGAAAGCAAAUGCUGUUAAGUGAUUUAUUUCUUUUUUAAGUCACAAUUUUGUUAAAUGCUGGACAAUAUUAUUUUUAAAAGAUACUUUAAAGUGAGUUAUGUAAAUAAGUUUGCAGGUCAUCAAGUCUUACAGGCUUUCAGAUGAAAAGCUAAAUAGAUAUGUUACCUGUAGUAGGUACAAAUUAAAUUUUUUAUGUUGUAUAAACUAUUUGCAUAUUAAUAGAUUAAAAUAGAAAAAUAAUUUAUUAAGUGCAUUCCUAUAAUUCCUGAGGCAGGAUCUUUGUAUGGUCCUGGAACACUACAUAUACAAUGUCCUAGGCCAUUUUGAGUAGCCUUGUCAUGGCAAUGGGUGCUGAUGUUUAAAAAUCAAAAAACUGCCCAACAAUCAGGAAUGCUUAAAAUUUCAGUGAAUAGUUAAAUAUUUCUAAUUACAAUACAUUUGGGUGUACAUUCUUAUACAUGGUUUAAAACAGACUGGUUCUGUAACCCAUUCUCAGUCCCAGUUGUCUCUCGGACAUGGAAAUUUUAAGGUGUAGCUGCCACAUUGUGAAAGAGAUCAAAUUAAUUGUGGAAGUUUUCAAUCAGUGGGUUGGCACUACACUAAUCUGCUAAGCAAUAUGAAGAGGAAAGGUUGUUUGCAUUGAUUUUUCUUUCCCCCCAGCUGUAUUAAUAAAUUUAUUCUAAAACUGAUAAUUAUCUUCCUUCCACUGCAGUGUUUAAUCCUUUUGAAUCCAGAGAAGCUAUUAUAAUUAUAUUCAGGAAUAUUUGAAAUUAGUCAAUGCUAUUUUUCAGCUCCUGGCCUAUAAGACACUUAGAUCAAAGUUAAUUUUGGCUUUUGAUGGAUUUGAGUUUUUUAUAAUGAAUGGAAGAUGGAUUUUUAGCCAAGAGUAUUUUCUUCCACAUAACAAGAUUAAUAAUAAUGUAGGGUAUUUCUACUGUCCCUCCACACAAAUACAGAAGGAUGACAUAGCAGAAAUGCCUCUUCAUGUUUUGGCACUCAGUAAUAAUCCUUCCAAAAGCAAUUUUGGUGUUUUGGUAAUAUAACUAUUAUUUAAGAGGGAAAGCAGGAAAGCAACAUGCUUAAGCUCUACAUUUAUAGAAGAAUUCGAGCCAGCAGCUGGAAUUUAAUAUGAGAAAUGUGUGUAGAGUAGGAAGACAAAAUGAACCUGGGGCUAUUCUGUUCAAGUAUUUAACCUUUAUCAGGAUUUACCUUCUUGUUUUUAAUACUGGAUUGCACUACAAACUUUGGUGAUCUGAGGCAUGUCUUUAAGAUGAGAUAGUAAGUCCUUCCUGGACCCCAAAUAAGAAUUAAAAAAUAUCCAAAACCAACCACAACAAAAUCACAAACCCAAAAGAGACAAGAAAGUCAAUUAAAUCACAGUUAAAUUUCCAAACCCCACAAGUAGAGGGGUCACAAAUGCAGUAUGUUGAACUAAUUUUAUUUUGGUCGAAUUUUCAGGCAUUUCUUGAUCAGUGGAGUUUCCUUAGGUUUUGGAUUUUUCCUUCCAAAUUAUGACAAAAUUAGAGGAUGUUUGCUUUAACAUUUUUUCAAAGAGUAUUGUUAAUGCCUACUUACAAUAAAAAAAAGGCUCUUUUCAGUUAAUGAAAUGUUUCAGUGAGAUGCUGCAGAAUAUUUGAUACCAGGCAUUAACUCCAAAUUUGAAUCAGCUGGGACUUAUGGCAUUUGUGCAUUAAGCCUGGGAAAACCAAGUUUGCUUUCAGAUGGCAGUGACAGUAUUUGUAGCAAAAUCUUCUAUGACUGUUUUUUGCAAUUGGUCACACAAACAGGAUUGGAUCUAUAAUGUCAAAUAUGCAGUUGCUAUUUAUAUUUGCCCUUAUGUUCAUGGCUUAAAGUCAAAGAUCAUCAUAGCCUCCCAUGUAUAUGACUGUUAAUUUUCAUUAUUCAUUAGUUUGAGAGGUUAAGAAAAGAAGUACUAAGAAAAUAUUCUUCUGUCUCUGACCCUAGGAAUGAUGAAGAACAUUCAGUACAUUCAAAGUCAGGGCUUUCCAAAUGUUUUUCACGAAAAUGUGUUAUUUUUUUUUUUAAAUAAGAUAUAAAAUAUUUUUAUCUUCUGGCACUAGGUAGCUUAAGCUGUGUUUUUGCAUUAAAUUACAAUUCUUUAAAUAGUAGGAACAAAACAAACUGUCCUUGCUGAAAGGAUUUUUAAACAGUGGUGCCCCUGUAGUUACAGGAAACGUGUUACAGUUUUAAUUACAGAAGCUAUGAUAUACAACAUUGUUCCUGCAUUUAAUAGAAUGUGAUGGAGUUUUUUCUACAAAACCUUGUGAUUUUUAGUACAAUGAUAUUUUAUAAAUAUAAAUGUCUGAUUUGAAAUGUAAAUUGCAUAGCUCUCUAAUGGAUGCUUGGUAAAUGCACAAGAGAUUUAGCUUUGAUUCUCAGGUACCUCUGAUGCAAUGGAGACGUGCUGGGUUUUUCUUCCCUGUGACACAACUGGAAUGUGAAGGAGCUCUCUCAUGAAUGGCAAUAUACCCUGUGUAGUAGGGUAUAUUGUCAUUGCUCUUAUUGUUUCAAUUUGGGAAUGGUUUCAUUCUGACUUACUUCUUGUAGGAACCACAUAUGCUUUAGAAAAAUAAUGUCGAGCAUUUCUUUGAUUGUCACCCACUGGUUAAGGAACAGUGAUUUCCCAGGCCUGCAAAAUGGGGAAUGAAUACUAUGUGUUACUCUGUCAAACAGUUGAACUCAUUCCUGUAAUCCUUUGAGACAACCAACAAUUUCUUCUGUGUGUGCAAUUGAGGUUUUAGGGCUGUUUGGUUUUUAUAUAUGAAGGAAAUUAUGAUAAUUUGCCAAAAGCAAAUGCUACAGAGCAUGCCUUUGCCUUUAGGGUUUUGGUGAGUCUUGCCUAGUUUGAUAAGCAGUGUGCUGCACUUCAAAAGCAGAAAAGAAUUUCAGUUUUUCUGGCCACUUCAUGUUGGGUUUCAGUCACACUGAAAAUGUGUUCCCUACAAGGGGCUGCUGCAGAUGUAGUGCUGGUUCAGCAAGGGUUGGAAAUGCCACCUCUGUAACCAAGUCUGGGCCACAUGAGUGCUCCUGAAGGCACUGAGGGCUUGCUCUUUGGCUUUCCCAGUCUUCACUGCAUCCUGCUCCUUGGCUUCUGGCCUCUGGGAAUGCCUGCAAGGGCUGGGGGCUGUAGGACAGGACUGGUCUGGCUGGCUGCAGGGACUGCUCACAGGCUCAGAAGCUGGAGGCUGAGGCACAGCCUGGCUGUCCCUCUGGGUAUUUGUGGAAAUGGGGUGUUGAGCAGGGCUGGUGUUCAACCCUGCAGAGAACUGCAGGUGAUUCUUGGUCUAUUCAUGGCAGACCUCCUUGGAAUGUACUAACAGAAACAGGAGGGCUUGCAAAUUGCUUUUCUUGGUGUGUGAUGCUGUAUUUUGUCAUUCCUGUCACAAUGCUCCUGCCUAGGUACUGCUAUUCACAGCUGUGAUGGCUUUAAAUAAGGUGGCAAAACAAUUUCUUUAUAAUUCUUGGUUCUAUUUCUCUUAAUGUUGAAUGUUGUCUUUCCUAUUCUCUACUGAAGAUCCUCCUAUCUUAGGGAAAUUGUUACUGAGCUAAACUGAGCUCUCAGACGAUGGGGAAAACCAGUAAAAUUGUGGAGAUAGGCUGAGUUUAUGGACACACUUUGAAUUUCAUAUGGAAAUAGACCUCAGAAAGGCAGAGUGUAAAUGAAGUAAAGAACUGGCAUGCUCAAAAAUCAAGAUACAAACUGAUGUUAAUAUCACAGUGUUGGGUUAUAUGGCUAACUGUAGGAUGGUACUUUGAAUCAGUUUCCUUUACUUGGCAUAAGUUUUAAGUUACCAUUUCUGUUCUGGCUGUCACAUGUAGCCUGUGAUUUAAUAGUUAUAAUUCCAGUAGCAUUUAUGUGAUUCAUAAACUGUUGUUAUGCAUUUUUCCCUCUCUAAUCCACAAUUUCAUUAAUGUUGUAUUUUGUUUUACAUGAUCAUUUCAGGGCAUGAUUUCUCAGGGAAAUAUGGAUGAUACCAUAUGUUGUGAGAGCCAAUAACUAAUUCCUGCUUUUAAAAUCGUUACAAACAUUUCCAGGUUUCACUCAAACAUUUCACAUCAUGUAACUUCCAUGUUGAAUUUCCUUAGGCUUAUCAGGUAAAUCAUGAUGAGAAUGUUAAGAGCAUUUAAAGAUGUCAAUAAAUUUUACUCUGCCCAACACUUUGUUACUUUUUGGAGAAACAUCCAUUCUAAGGUAAUGAAAUGUGUGUGAUUUUCUACUUAAUUGUCCUCUUUGCCAUAGAAAUGGAUAGUUACUCUGCUGAUUUUGAAGCUGCACUUCUGGCAUGACAAUGACAUUAACUUUUAGGGCUAGGCAGUGCUGUAAUAACACAUAAUCUGAUUCUGCAAUAGAUCAGUAUAAAUCUCUAACAUAAAUAUAUUCAUUUUUAUCAUUAAAUUUUUAAAAAGUCUCAUCACUUUGGGGGAUCUUGUUUGUUUUUCCAGUAAAGUUACUUUGGCCAGAAUGGGAUCUGAUCCAAAGCCCACAAGAGUCAUAGACAGCAUUAAUAAAGUAAAACUUUAUUGAAAAGAGCUCUGCAGUCAGGUUGACCUUUAUGCCUUUGCAGUAUUUCUGUCUGCAGCAUGUACUUGGAGUGGUUUGCUUUAAGACCUCAGUAAUAUAAAGGAGGAGUUUUAGUGCUGGUAAAGAUGGUAAACACACUACUGUUACUGUUCACAAAUGAUAUUUCCACAUAGCCCGUAUGCAGCUUAAUUAUUUAGAAGGUGAAUUUGUCUUGCUAAGUGACUUUUGUCUAAAAUCAGCAGCAUGAGAAAUAUUAACCCCUGCACUUUGCUGUACACUUCUUUUGUCCAUAGUGAGAACAUGUGAUCAUAGUCAUCAGCCUUGAGCACCAGCUUCCUCUUGAUGAUUUCUGCUUUGACAUUUCCAUUUCCAUGCCCUGUUGCAUUCAUUGCAAAGUGAAUUUCCUCUCUAGGUAAAGCCAGCGUAAUUGUAUUUUGACUGCCCUAGUCCUCUGUGGUGUUAGAAAUCUGACAUAAAAUAUAAAUCUGACAUGUGUUGUGACUACUUAGAGAUUUGUGUUCUCACUCUUGUCAUUACAUCUGGUGUUAGUAGGUAACCAGACUUUUUCUGGAUAUGCCUGUCAUGAUGUGGAAUGCAUCCACAAUUCCAUCUGGCUUUCACUUCCUACUUUUAAAAAGCAUAAAGGGCUUUUCUCUGAGGAUUUUUGUAGAAAGCAGCUGUUUAGUUCCACAAGUUCAGAGUCCUUUAACUGCAUCUCAGUUUAUGAAGUUGCAUCCCAUAUUUGCUUUCUUUUAUUAAUGAACUUCUUAAGGUUUUUUCAGGAAAGGUCCUCAAAUUUUCUUUAUGUUCCACAGAAGAAAUAUGCCUGGAAACUGAAAUGGCCUCAGAAAUAAAAAUUCAGGGGUGUUUAUUCUUUAGUUUUUCACAUAUGUUCCUGAUUUUUUUUACCCACUUUUUUUUUUUUUUAAGAAAUCCAACCACAUAAAACCAAUGAAACCCCCAUACUUAUCAAGCUGAGGGGAAUUAGCCAUUUAGCACAGAACUAAUUUUAUAUUAUAUACAAAUGAUUGUAUUUUUAUCAAUGAUACCAGUCAAUGUGUUACUGAUGUGGUCAGUCCACAAGUCUUCCUUGUCUGAGUCACAGGUGAUGCUUCUCUUCUAUCUAAAUCUGACCUCUUGCAUACCAAUUAAGUUAGUUCCACUGCCAGUAUGAGUAAUUUCUGAAAUACUUUAGAAUCUACUUUUUCCUCUAGCUAAGGGGACAGCAAAGGCUUUCCAACCAAUGUCACUUUCCUAUUGAAGAAGAAGAAAAAAAAACUAAAAAAAAGUAAGACAGAAAUGUUAAUUAAAAAUCAAGAAUAUUAGUAGGAAAGUAGGAAGCAUAUGCUGUAAAAUCGUUGGGGUCAUUUCUUGCAUAGCCCAAUUCCACAUAGGCAGUGGUUUAUUGGAUUGAUCUCUGGUUGGGUAUUUUAAAUAAUCAUUUCAUAUUGAAGCUGAAGGUUUAAAUUAAGCCCUGUGAUUGUUUAAAAAAAUCAUGGAAAAAAAAAUUAUAAUUGGAGAGUUAGGAGGUACUUUUUGUUUGUGGUUUGGUUAUUUUGCAGUCCAUCCAAUGCAGUUACAAAGGAAUGCUCUGUGAAUUGGCACUCAUGAGAGGCUGUUUACACAAGGCUACAUGGAAAGUACAGCCAGGUGUUGGAGUUGACAUUACCUGUGUGGAAUUAGAGAAAUGUACUAAGUAUGAGGUACAACUUCAGCAUUGUAGAGCUGAAGGGACAUUUGUAAUGAUUUAAAAUUCAUGUAAGGUCUCUUUGGAGUAGAUACCAGUAAAACAAAACUGGUUUGGAAACCUUGAUUUCUGAAACCCCGGACACCUGAGUGCAAUAAAAGAUGCUCAAAACCAGUUGUAGUUUUGGUGGUUGUUCUGGUGUUGCAUUUUGGACUGACUUUCAGGGAACUCUCAGUUACACUUUUAAAGGGGAAGCUGCUUUAAGUGAAGAGCUUUCACCUGAAGAAAACUUUUUUUUUUUUCCCCCUGAAGUCUGUACAGUUUGCUGAUAAUUCAGAUGUUCUGGGAGCACAGCAAGUUCCAGAUAUCCAAGUAUCCUCUAUGAAACAUCUUUAUGCAUCAUCUUUUAACCAUUUUCCUUGUGAAAGCAGAACCUGAAUUGCUGAUGUGUAUUGCAUUUGCACUUGAAAACCUGAUUUCAGAGUGUGUUAAACCUUGAUCUAUUUUUGAUAAAAAAGAAAUGUAGCAUUUUAAUCUAAUUUCCAUUUAAUGGCAAGGAUAUUCAUGCAGAGAAAAACAUAUAUCAGGGUUUGAUGCAGUGAUUUUUAAGCCAAGAAAACAGCAGGAUGGCAGUGGUAAAUCUGAAAUGGAGAUGCAUAUCUCUUCAGAAAAUCUGGUUUCCUCCUGCCCUUUUUAUACCAAAUUGUGUCUCCAUUAUUCCAGGAUAAUGCAGCUGAAGCAAGAACCAGAGCUUUUAUCCUUUUGUUCUCUGAAAGUGAACACUGGCUUUUGCCUGGGGUGUCUUUGUCCUGUCACUUCAUUUUCUGAUGGGAGGUCAGUUAAAUAAAAAAUAUAGAAUAAGUAUUUUUAAUUAAAAUCAGAUUUAAGCUAUUAAUUAUUUUGAAAUUCUCUAUAUUAGUAGAGAUCUAAUGAAUGGAAAUUGAAGUCCUAUAUUGCAAAUACUGAACAGUGCUUAUAUAUUUUUAACAAAACCAGUAUAUAUAUAUAUGAAUAUUUGGAACAUGCAUGAAGGUGGAAAUUGGAAGAUUGUUUUUAUGUUAAAAGGUUUAUAAAUUGAAAUUCUCGAUAUCAAGUACCAAAACCCUAUAAAAGGGCUAAUGAAAAGAAAAUGUAAUGUAUUCUCAUUAACAGCCUGUGUAAUACAAUCAGUGGGUGUGAUGUUUUUGUUCUGUAUUAUAUUUAUUAUAUGUAAGUAAACAAUAAAGAUUAUAAAUCUUA